AUGGAUAUCAAUUCACUCAUGGGUCGAGCCUCGACUAUGAUGUCAGGCAAACGAAACGACGAUAGUAUGUGUGAUCGACUUAAUUAUCGAUACACAGUUGCAAUUUUGAUUAUUUUUGCUAUCAUCAAUAUGAAUCGUUUAUACACAGAUCAGAUAAAAUGUUGGGUACCAGCAUUUUUUACGCCUAACUAUGAUGAAUAUGUUCGAUCGGUAUGUUUUGUUCAAAAUACCUAUUAUGUUAAACAUACGGAUAAAAUACCAGCAAUUUAUAGUAGUAAAAAAGAAAAUGAAAUAUUAUUCUAUCAAUGGAUUCCAUUUCUUUUACUUAUCAAAGCAUUCUUAUUCUAUGUACCACGCAUGUCAUGGAAUACAUUUGGUUUAAAAAGUGGUGUACAAAUAUCUGAUCUUGUUGAAUCAUCUUUUGAUUAUAAACUACCGACAACAGAUGCAAAAUAUCGGCAAACCUGUUUGAAAUAUGUUGUAGAUACGAUUGAUGAUUAUUGCAAUGAUCAUCGUCGGCAAGUUAAUGCACGAAAAAGUUUAAAUAAACUUCAACGAAAGUUAGCAACUGGUUGGUGUCUAUCAGGAAUGUAUCUUGGCAAUUAUCUUGUUGUUCUAUAUACAACAACAAAAUUAAUGUAUAUUAGUAUAUCUCUAUUACAAAUAUUUAUAUUGAGUUUAUUGUUAGGAUCUAAUUUUGCGUCUUAUGGUAUACGAGUUAUUGAUCGUUUAUUUCGGGGUAUUAGUUGGGACUCAGAAACACGUUUAUUUCCUAAAACAACAUUAUGUGAUUUUACAGUACGUGAAUUCGGUCAUCCAAAGCAAGCUCAUGAAUAUACUGUUCCGUGCGUUUUACCACAAAAUUUAUUUAAUCAACAAAUGUUCACAACACUUUAUUUUUGGUAUGCUAUUAUUAUUCUACUGAAUAUUGGUGAUUUUUUCCUAUGGUUAUAUACGAUAUCUCCAAAUAAUCGUCGUGCUUUCAUUUCUAAACGUCUUCAUUCAAAAAAAUAUCCAUUAACAGACAACACAAGUGAUCAAGAAAAACUAAAAAUUUUUGUUAAUGAUUAUCUUGAAGCUGAUGGUUUCUUUAUGUUAACAUUAAUUAAAGAAAAUAGUUCAGAUUUUGUUGCAACAGAAAUUGUUUAUCGUUUAUAUACAGAAAAAUUUCUUGAAAACUAUUUCAAAGAAUCAACUACUAUGUAUGAUGCAAUAGAUACGAAACUAGUAGAUGAUUCUAUUAAUAAUACUAAACGGCGUCAUCAUCUAUCUUCAAUGCUUUGUUAA